GAAGGGGGGACACGUGCUGAUUACUCGAUCACGGGAUCGUGUCUGAACUUGCCCACGAUCGCCCACACCCGGCGCCACGCAACCUCUACGCGACAUGGUCAGCGAGGCACCCUCUGAGGAAUCUCUCGGGAUCCCAUUUUCAUUGGACGAGUAUGAAGACCGCGAAAUACCCGAAUUUCGAAUGAAAGACCGAAUCGCGUUCUGGGACGGCCCAAUCCGUGCCUUCUUACGCGAACAUGGAUACAUGCUGUACAACAUGCUCGCUUUCCCGGAAUACGACUUGGAUAGCGUCAUGCAUCCCGCCCUGGAGACGCCAGGCCAACUCUCGGACGACGAGCGCUACGCGUUCAUGGAUCGUGACUCCCCCGAGGGAUUGAUCCCUGAGGCUCGAAAAGAUGAUUUGUAUGAUUCUCUACGCGUUACUGCAUAUUCGCGCGAAUUUCGGGGUCGAGCUGCUUUUGCGCAGCAUGCAGCGCGGCCAGAUCGACACGUCGCGAUCAAGCUAGUCCGAGCAGAAAGCGUCGAAAUCCACACUAUCAAGCUCAUAUACGAAGCCUCAAAAGAGAAGCCCGUUCGGGGCCUCAUCCCUGUCAUCGAAAUCAUCCCAUUCCGCGGUCACUGGCUCGUGGUGAUGCCGAGGUGGGGAGAAAGCAUCAUGGUUCCGUUCCCGACCGUCGCUGGACCGGUAUUCGAUCUCAUCGAAGACCUCCUCGAGGGGCUUUCAUUCCUACACAGCCACAACAUCGUUCAUAGGGAUCACUCCUCCAAAAACAUCCUCGUGAAUCAUGUCCCCUUCCUCACAUACGACGAUAUCAUCGACGUGCCGGAAACUCGCCAGGCGCUGCGAAACGCCGGCGCUCUCCGCCACGCGAUCUUCGACUUCGACGUUGCGCUGGUGUUCCCCGAUCGCGCCUCAGCCCGGCUUCCGUGGAUGGAGUAUUACCUCGGCCCGUGGAAGACCACGCACGACGUCAGGCAGGGGGAAUACGACUUCGAUCCCUUUGCUGCAGACAUGGCCAUCUUGGGCAGAGAGCUCGGGCGCCUGAGCUCUUACAUCCCCUAUAUGCCGAUCUUGGCGCCGCUGCUCGACGGCAUCCUUCACUGGCAUGUGCCCUCGAGACUGACCGCCCCCCAGGCAUUGGCCUUGUUUCGCUCACUGAGAGCAGAGAACAGCUCUCUUGAGGAGCAACGACUGCCCGCCGAAGACGAUGUGGUCCACCGGAGCGGUGACUUCUGGGCAGAUCUGCCCGUCGACUUCGUCGCGAGAUGGAGCCAUCUGCGCACCCCAGCCGAGCCAUGGACGAGAACCACGCUUCGGAGGUUGUGUCGAUAUCGGGUUCUGGCGCACUGUGUGCGCUUCAUUCGACGUUCCGCCUCGUUCUUCCAGCAGAUGUCGGCUCGGAGACGUCUUUGAUUCUAUCUCCCUCAGGGCGGUAGUCGGUAACCAGCCGUAAAACGGCAUUGAAUGCUCACAAGAUCUCCGCGGGCAGUCAGGGAUGGACAUGAGUUUUGGAUCCCCGAUUGUGCACACAUGGAUGUUUGAUCUGAAAGAUCCCGAAUUUAUCCAUAGUGACCAUGAUGUCAUGCAAACCCGAUCUUGCAACGAACUCAUAUCUGCAGGUCCGUCGCAGAAAACAGGUUUGUUGCUGCGGCUGCGACUGCGGGGGCUGCUGCUGGAAAUGUGUUGUCAAAGCAGCCGGCCGCUGCUGCUGCUGGUUGUAACGGGACCGAUUUGAUUCGUAGCCGAUCAGAGUGACAGCCCAUGCGUCAAAACCAGUUGAGCAUAAGAGAAACAGUACAGUAUGCAUACAUGCAUAUGUAAUGAUGCCGUUGUCGUUGUGUUGCUUGUGCCGCAUUCGAGCGCGUGAGAAGUCUCACGUGGUCUAACACCCCGCGUUUCAAACUUCCUCCAGCUAACUUACUGUGAACAAAAGGCAUUUCUGCGCAAACGAUUUCCUGUCGAUGGGAACUACAUAUCCCACAUCAAGAAUUGAGCGUCGCGCGUGUUGGGGAGCGCCAUCACGGCCGGGGUGAGACGGGGGAGCCACCCACAACAUGACUGGGCAUCGGAUCAGCUAUAGCAGGAUGAUUCAAGAAGAGCUGCGAGAGAAGGGACGAGCGCAUUGGAUGGCAUGGGACCCAGCAUCACGGACAUAUCCCAGUCUACUCCCUCCUUUCGGGAUCAUCUGGCUGGAAUUUCACGACCUCCCAUCUGCUCAUGAGAUUCGACGGCGACUAAUUGAAACAUAUGCGCCUUCUCUCUCGAAGCGCCGCUGUGUCACAAGUUCUUGAUGCAAUCCGUCAAUCUUCCGCACGACCCUGACGUGUGCCGUUGGCCAAAUUGUGUUCCGCCCAAACUUGGCCUGGUUUCGCUGGUAGCCGUGUCUAAAUCUGUAACUCAAGCGUUGGGCGCUUGGUGGCUGUGAACCGUGGCAUUGUUCCAGCGAGGCAGUAUGCGCGGAGACAAGGCUGCUCUAGCAUGAGGCAGAGCAGCUCACCUCCUGCCCUUGACCAUGCCACAAGCUGAGGAACGACAGACCGACAACCGAGAGGCCGAUGAAGCAUAUUCCGAGCGCGAGCGGCCUCACGGGAACAAGCUCUGGGGCGUAUACAUAUCCGAGGCGCAGAGUUCCGAUAAGGGUCUCAUCGAUGGCUGGCGCAGUGAGAUGGAUGGGCUGCUCAUUUUCGCUGGUCUCUUCUCCGGCGUCGUCACGACAUUCAUCAUCGAAAGCUACAAGACGCUGAGGCCCGACCCGGCCAGCGAGACCGUCGCGCUGCUCAACCAGAUCUCGCGCCAGCUUGCGAACCUGAACAACGGGACAGCAGUAACAGACGCACUCCCUCCCGUCCCUGCCUUCUCGCCCCCGAUCUCGUCCGUCGUUUGCAACGCGCUCUGGUUCACCAGCCUUGGGCUCAGCUUGUCAUGCGCACUCGUUGCGACACUGGUCAAACAAUGGGCGCAGGGCUUCCCGCACCGGACGGCCAUGUUUCCCACCAUCUCGAUCCAGUCACGCAUAUACAUGUAUCUCCACAACGGGUUGCUUCGCUUCAACAUGCAUGUCGCGGUGCGCGCUCCCCUGCUUUUCCUGCACGGGGCACUGGUCCUGUUCUUCGGGGGUCUGGUGGCAUUUCUUGUGCCCGUCAACAAUGUCAUCAUGAGCAUAUUUUCCGCUCUCCUGCUCCUCUUCGUCUCGGUCUAUGCCAUGUUCACCGCGCACCCCUUGUUCUUCCUCGACAGUCCGUUCCAGACGCCACUAACGCAGAUAAUCUGGUCGCUGAACCAAAUCUUGAGGAAUGUUCUGAGGGCUUAUGUUCCACAGACAGUCACCGCGAUAGACACCGGGUCCCCCGCCAAACCUUCUGUGACUGUCGACACUCGACUGCAGACCCUCAGCAUGCAGGAGGCCAUGAAAAGCGCGUCUCUGCAUUCCACCGUCGAGACAGAGACCGCGGCCCUUGCGUGGACCAUCCAGUCUCUAUCUGAAGACAAGAAGCUCGAGCCAUUUGUGGAGGGGCUCCCCCAGGCGCUGUGGGAUUUCAAGACCAACCAGCCUCGUGGCGUGUAUCGGACGCAGUUCAAGAGGCUGUUGCAGAAUCCACAGGUCCCUCUCGGCCAGCGGCUCGCGGACUUCAUGGAUGGCUCCAACAGCAAUCUGCUUGAUCCCACGGUCCGCUCCCGCCGACAGCUCGCCGUGCUCCGGGCCAUCUGGGCUCUCUGCGCGUUCUCAAUACACACCGAGUCACCUCUGGAGCGUCCGAUUGGAGACAUUGACGUGGAAGACGCGCUGCUCGGCUCCAAAUUUCUCAGUUCUCCCGACGUGCAGUGCAUGGUCCCCGCUGUGUUAGCUCUGGUUCGUCUGAACGUCAUCGAGUCCGAACGCCUCUACGUGCAGAGGAGCAACUCGUACCGGGAUCCCGAACUGGAGAAGCAGCGGACGUACAAGCAGUAUCUCAGGGAUCUUUCCGACAGCCCUGCCAGCUUCCAGCGGGAAGUGACCCACUCGCUCUUUUAUCGCUCGGAAGACCCCUUCCAGGCCGGGGACCGCUAUAACAUUCUGCAAUUGGGUCUAGAAGAGCUGAUUAGAUCGGGGGCGGAUGGGACCGAGGACAAUCUUGUCUUUGCUGCUCGCCGGAUGAUCAGUGCGAUUGCCGAUGGGACCUGGAACACGCCGCCGCCCGGCAUUGCGCUGUUCCUCGUCCGGCAUCCCUCCCUCGCCGUUUAUGGGCCGGACUCUGUCUGGCAGCCCGAUCGGAAGUAUCGUUACACGCGAUACUUGUGUCACUGUCUCUGCCAGAACUUGGCGCACCGAAUCGACCUCAAGCCAUCUGUCGACUCCUUGCGGCUGAUUUACGAUCAUUGGAUAAACGACGACCCCCUCGCAAGGCACCCGGGAGACCUCGAUACCCAUUUCCAUGUCCUCCGCACCCUGCGGAGUUCUGGCGCUCGAGCAGCAGACACCCACAUGCACCGCUUGGUUGCCCUGGUCCAGUGCGUCGUGGUCUUCUGGGUCCGGCAGGAUUUGUCGGAAUCGGCGGAACUGCUGAGUAUCUUCGACGACGAGCCCUGGUUCCGCGCAGCGAUCGGUCUCGACGAGGAGGAGUGGACACAGCGAGCAUCGACUCAGGGAACUCGUGACUUGAUUCUCAGCUGUGCGUGUGUCGGUGUCAUGACCACGUUCCUCGAGCAGUGCGCCCAGAACCCGGACCAGACGGAACCCGAGUUGGACUUUGAGACGCUCAAAUCGGUCCAGAAAUUCAGCGGCAUCUGGGAUUUGCAGCCGGGGAGCCGGGUGCUUGGGACCGAGAUCCAACGUCGGUUCGCAGACGCCGUCUCUGAAUUCCUCCGGAAAUAUCCAACGGACAGUCUCGCCGAGGGCAAGCCGCUCGGCUGGGUGCUUUUCUGUGCCGUCAACCAGGACCGAGGGUGGAUAAACGAUCUGGAUGCAUUGCAGGUCCUGGACGUGGCGGUGUUCGACACGCAGAUGGACAGUCAGCAGCAGACGCAGGGGUACUACGCUCCCUUCAUCCACGAACAGAUCGAAGAGCGGCUCCCUCCUGAGGUCAUUUUCGGCGCCUAUGUUUCGCUAGUGUCUGACGGGGAGUGAAGUAAUUAUUACACAGGGUGUAGUUUUUCUCAUAUUUAGCUUGAGAUAGAUCGUGUAUGUUGUAUGCAAAAGCAGCAACGCGAGCUUGAGUUACUUUA